GUCGUUGCCACGCAGUAGGAUACAAGGGAGCGAAGCAGCUAGCGCACGUGCAUCGGAAGCACGUGUCACGCAUAACUGAUCUCGUGCAGGUAGAAACGCAGAUACUGCCGAAAAUUUUCGAGAAGAGAGUGGCAACUACGCAAAAGGAGCUUACGUCCGCCGCACGUUCUUUUGCAAAAACUAUAGAGAAAUUUUGCCAAGUGAAAAGUGAAGUCGUCAAGUAUGACUAGAAAGAAUCCUCUGAAACAUUCUAAAAUAGUUUCUGAAUAGAUAUGCAAGCAGUUUCCUAGUAUAGAAAGUUUGGAAUGAGUACAACUAGCCGAAAUAGAGAUUAUUUGUUUGGCAUUGCAUUUGCAAGUAAGUAGAAAGAGACGAGGCUUCGUGGAAGUUCAACAGACGUUUCAUAGCUAUCCACUUUUGGAUUUCGAUACUUUGGACCUCCUGGAAAAGACACUUAGCCCACAGAACCUGGUAAGGUAGGACUCACAUCAGGCACAGGGAAGCCCUCUUUUAGAGGAUUGAAUGAGAUCCAUACUCAUACUUCGAGCUCGGUGUUUGGCCUAUACCACAUGUUUAGACAACAGCGGCAAGGCGCUUUUCUGUAAUAUGGAUCAUCAAUUUUGAUAAGAGCAGGCAGAACAAGCUAACUGAUCAUCAGGGUUCGCUGAGACCAACAGUUUUUUCUGAGGCUUUCUCGGUUGCUGAAGUCGCUGGCUGAUCUUGUACCUGGUGAAGAGCAGGAGAAGAACUAUCAGCAUUACGACUACUUACAUCUGAUCCACAACUACUAAGAGCUACAGUUGUUGAGUCUACUUUCCCUUUCCCAUUCCCGGCCUCUCCUAGCAUAAAAAUUUGAGCGGCGCGAACGAAAAAGGUGAAGAUGCAUUGGACUUUUCGUUUUGUCUUUGCUGCGACAGCAACCGUGUUGUGCGCGGCGAGUCCGGAAGCAGCAGGAGCAUGCGUAACUCUUCCGUCAUCGGGCACGACUUCGUAUUUCAUCUUUGAUCAUGCUACUUUCUGUUCCUCGUUUCUAAUAAAUCGCGUGUUGUGCUUACAUGACUCGGGUAUCGAUGCUUCCUCUUCUACGGGUAGAAUAUUCUUGCCUUUCUUUGCUUUGCAACCUGCUUGACUCGAUAUAUGAAGUUGGUUCCAUGUUUUCAGGCAUGAUUCCUCGAUAACUACCGAAGGAGGGCUUGGUGGCUUUCCACCACGUGGAAUGUCAGCGGAAUCAGAAGGUAAUUUUGCGCUUGACGAAACGUCAACCCAGGAUACAUUGGGUGCACCAUUGAAUCCGGCUCGUAGGCGCUGCAACUUUCUGUCCAGACGCUUGUUGCGUUACUGAUCUUUCAGAAAUUUUCAAGCUGGGUAAACGAAAUGACGGAAUCCAUAUUGAGAAGAAAGCUGUAGUGGAAUGUGAAGCAUAUGUGGAACCAGGAGCAAGAUCAUAAGUAUCACAUAUCGAAGACGAUGAAAGAUAGUGAAAGAGAACAAAGAAU